UACUUGUACAGUUGUACAUGUACAUUUUGUACAUGUAUCAUCCGUAAACACAUUUUCGCGCAACCGUGUGGUUUAAUGCCCCACUAACAGUAACACCAAACCCAUGGCUUUUAGCAGUGGUUUACGCUGGUGUUUUCGAUCUCUGCCCCAAAAGUCAUGGACCGAUAGCCGACUUUUCUUUCCAAAGUUGUCGACAUGCGUGCUAGGAGAAAGAUGUUUAAGUAUUGAUCCUGCUGCAGGUCUGACUGAGGAACAGAAAAGUUUCCAGACGGUGGCUUUGGACUUUGCCAAGCAGGAAAUGGCACCACACAUGAGGCAGUGGGAUGAGGAGGAAAUAUUUCCUGUGGAUGUCCUACGUAAGGCAGGUAGUCUUGGAUUUGGGGGUGUUGUUGUCAAGGAGGAUGUCGGUGGUUCAGGAUUGACUCGCCUAGAUUCUUCUGUCAUAUACGAGGCGUUAUCCCAAGGAUGUGUUAGUACAACAGCGUACAUCACCAUUCACAAUAUGUGUUGUUGGAUGAUUGAUACAUUCGGCAAUGAAGACCAGAGACAUGCCGUCCUCCCAGGCCUGUGCUCCAUGGAGAAGCUAGCCUCUUAUUGCCUGACGGAACCAGGCAGUGGUAGCGAUGCUGCAUCCUUGUCAACCACGGCACGACAAGAUGGUGACCACUAUGUCUUGAAUGGGUCAAAGGCAUUCAUAAGCGGAGGUGGUGACACUGACGUAUAUGUAAUGAUGGUCAAAACGGGUGAGGCAGGCCCCAGGGGAAUAUCAUGUGUCAUGGUAGAGAAAGGAUCACCGGGACUUAGCUUCGGCAAGAAAGAAAAGAAGAUGGGUUGGAAUUCACAGCCUACGCGGAUGGUGAUCAUGGAAGACUGCAGGAUACCAGUGUCAAAUCGACUCAGUAAAGAGGGAGACGGUUUCCAAAUUGCUAUGCAAGGCUUGAAUGGAGGCCGUCUCAGCAUUGCUUCCUGUUCAUUAGGUGCCGCUCAGGCCAGCAUAGAGGCCGCCAGGGAUCACCUCAAAGUCCGUAAACAGUUUGGUAAAACGCUAGAUCAGUUCCAGUAUUUGCAAUUCAGAUUAGCUGAGAUGGCCAGUGAGUUAGUCGCUUCUCGUCUGAUGGUGCGUAACGCAGCGAGGGCGCUACAGGAGAGUUCUCCAGAUGCAGUUGCUCUCUGUUCCAUGGCGAAACUCUUUUCUACCCAGAGGUGCUCAUGGAUCUGUAAUGAAGCACUACAGAUGUUUGGAGGUUAUGGAUAUCUAAAAGAUUACCCCAUCCAACAAUACCUGAGAGACAUCAGGGUUCAUGAAAUUUUAGAAGGUACAAGCGAGGUGAUGAGAAUAGUUAUAUCAAGGCAUCUUCUCCAAGACUAGUUAAGUCAUCGUCAUCAGCAUUUGCUGUUCUUGAACCUGGUUCUAGUAUUCACACUUAUGUUGAACUAACAUGCGAGGCAAGUAGCACGAGAAACUUCAAACCACCUAAGUUAUGCAGAGAUUGGCUACAGUUGCAAGAGAGAGUACUGUUGCUAUGAUAAGCAGACUGCCCGGGACGAGGAUGGGAGUUUGUCAGGGGAGUACUGACAUGCCAGCCAGUUGGUUUUAUUCAACAUUCAAGUUAGUGGUGACUUCUUUUCUUACGUUCAGUCAUCCUGUAAGAGUUCAAACUGGCGUCCAAUAAGUUGCAAGCGGGAGAGUCCUGUUUCAUUUUUUUCCAGUGUUGUAUUUUCCAGCUAUUAGUAAAAGAGUAUUAAAACCAGAUUUUGCCGAAACAGUAUAAGGGGUGUAGGUGUCCUUUGGGAAGAAAUGAUACCUCAGGUUUAGAGAGGGAGGUGCUUAUUAUUCUAAUGAAUGUGGCAACAUGGCUAAUCAGGCAGGAUUUGAAGUUUAGUGAUUGGUAGUUGGAGAUGCCUAUGUCACAGUUGCAUUCAUUGGAGACGGCCAUCAGUCAUGGACUGUGGCUUUCCCAUUAUCGUGCGGGUCCCUUUAAUUUUAACUCCCUAGCCAUUUCUGCUUGUCCUUUCUGGAACCGUCAUAGUCUAAAAGCUGUCGGCUUUUGAAGGCUGCAGAGGAUUACCGUUAAUGUCAUUAAUGUUGUCAUGUGCCUGAACCUAACUGUGAAAGUGGGUUGAAAAUACACGGCUAUGAGAUGGAGAGCAUGGAUAUGUUUUGGACAGUGUGAGUAUAAUGUAAUCAUGCACAUAAUAAGUGAAAUUUGACUUGUUUAUUUAUUUCAAGACUUAAGUCUUUUUAAAAAGGUUUUUCCCAGUAUAUUGGCAGUGCAAAUCUUUUCUUACCAGACUUUUGAAACUCCUUUCAGGAUAGGGGACUAGUCUACCGA